ACACGCUCGCACACGUACGAGAGCAAGGAAGGAGGAGACCGCCGACGGUUUCUCCCGUCCCACGGCGCCAAUUUAAUGGAUCCGACCAUCGGUUGGUACCAACCGGAGCAGUACGGCCCCGCAAAGAACCUGUGGAUGCACAUCUGGGAGGUCGAGAAGGGCAUCGACGUACUGACCCUGCGUAACGACGCGAACACCGCGAUGGGCGUGCGGCUGCAGCAGGACUUUCUCGCGCUGGACACGAGCCCGGCGGCGGCGGCCGCGACCGCGGCCGGCACCGCGCCGUCAUCCACCACCGGCAUCGCCGGCACCAACGCCGGCUUAGGCCUCGGUAAUAGCAACGCAAGCAGCAAUAGCAAUAACGGCAGCGGCAACAACAACGGCAAUGCAAACGGCGGCAAUGUCAGCAACGGUAACAACGGCCGCGCCACCGUUCAUGGCAAUGCCGGUAACUGCGAGCAGCAUCGCGUACCCCACAACGCCUGCAACAAUUACUACAAUCCGUCGCGCAGGAAAAGCGAUAACCGUGCCAGCACCUACGGCAUGAAUUACAAUUACGAGGCCCUCGUGGGCGAGUACGGGGGCUGUCCCUGGCGCGUGCCGAACAAGCACUACUCCAGGGGAGUGAUCGGAUUACACGAGGAAAUAGAAGAUUUUUUUGCAUACAUGUGUCCCUCGCACGAAGAGCACGUUUUAAGAAUAAGAGUUGUAAAGAGAAUAGAACAAGUAAUUUAUGAUCUCUGGCCAAACUCUAAAGUCGAAGUAUUUGGCAGUUUUCGCACUGGUUUAUAUUUGCCUACAAGUGACAUAGAUUUGGUAGUAAUAGGAAUGUGGACAAAUCUUCCAUUACGUACUUUGGAACGUGCUUUACUAGAUCAAAAUAUUGCUGAGCCAUCAUCUAUUAAAGUCUUGGACAAAGCCAGUGUGCCGAUCGUCAAGCUAACCGACAAAGAAAGCGAGAUUAAAGUAGACAUCAGUUUUAACAUGAACAAUGGCGUCAAGUCUGCGGACUUGAUAAACUCUUUUAAGAAGCGAUAUCCAGUGCUAGAGAAGCUAGUCAUGGUGUUGAAGCAAUUUUUAUUACAGAGAGAUCUUAAUGAAGUGUUUACCGGUGGUAUAUCCUCCUAUAGUUUAAUACUCAUGACCAUUAGUUUUUUACAACUACAUCCAAGACAAAAUGCUUAUUGUUCAAAUGCCAAUCUGGGAGUAUUGUUGAUUGAAUUUUUAGAAUUAUAUGGUAGAAAGUUCAACUAUGUUAAGACUGGCAUUCGUGUAAAGGAUGGUGGUACUUACAUAUCUAAAGAAGAGGUUCAACGAGAUAUGAUAGAUGGCCAUCGACCAUCCUUACUAUGUAUAGAAGAUCCACUAACACCCGGAAAUGAUAUUGGCCGUAGUAGUUACGGCGCUUUGUAUGUAAAAGAUGCAUUUGAUUGGGCCUAUUUUGUUCUUUCUCAAGCAGUCAGUCCUUUAAAUAUCUUAAUCAAUGACGCCAGUAAAGUAAGCAUUCUAGGAAGAAUAAUUCGUGUGACUGACGAAGUAAUAGAUUAUCGUAGAUGGAUCAAAGAAACAUUCCAGGUACCUGUAAAUGAAGGAGAUUCUCUGUCAAGCUCAACUGGUUCUGAUGCAUCUACUCUUUCAGCUCCUGCUAGUGAUACGGAUUCUGAAUGCAGUCGUGGCAAUUCUCCAAACACUGGCGGGAAAAAUGAUAAUGAUAAAAACAAAGAUAGGCACAUUUAUAAUAGUCAGCAAAUUCAUUCUUAUCCGGGAAAGAAAACAUUCAAGGCAAUCACUCAUGCCCAUCAGCAGCAAAAUUUCAGCAAAAGCAAUUAUCACAUCAACAAUAAUGUAGCUGGUCAAAACAAGAUCAAGCACACACUUCACAAUAAUGGAAACAAUAAUAACAAUAACAACAAUAAUACUAGUCACAGUCCGAGUUCGAGGCCAAAUUUAAGGAAGAGUAAGAAGCAAUGUACGAUGCAGCGUGGAACCGGUGAUUGUGUACGGUGAUGAAACGUACAUGAUAAUUUUGAACAUUACUUCCGUCACUUAAGUAGCGAGCUCAAUAUCAUAACUGUGUGAUAGAAAGACAGCGAUUAACGUCGAUUAUAUAACAACCGAAUCAUCAUCUAACACGAUUCUCUUCUUCUCUCGUUUAUUAUUUUCAAAUGUAUAGGAGGGCACAAAGAAAAAACAUUUAUAGUUCUAAGAGAACUUACAAUUUGGAAAUUUUACAAUUCUUGUACAGGACAAGAACGCCCAAGCAGAAAAUGACUAUACAUAUAUACAUAUAUAUACAUAUUUGUUUUUUUUCCCCAGUUUACCAGAAUCAUAUUUUUCUGUCUGUACGCAAAAAAUUUAUGUACCAAAGACGUACAGAAUUUCUAAUCGCGAUUCCAGAUAGAGUCCAUUUAUAUACUUCACUUUUAUUGUACAGGCUAUACCUGAGUAAUAUUUUAUCAAUUAUUGUUUAUCAAAAAUCAGAAAAUUAUUACCAUCGUCAAAUAGCAAUUGCGUGUUCAGCCAUGAUGAGUAAUAUAUCAAUAUAUUUAUAUAGUGUAUGAAUGGGGGGUAUACACAUAUACAUACACACACGCAUAUAAGUUGUUCUCUCGAGAACUUUAAUAGACAAAACUAUGAAACACACUAAUAGUGACAACAAAAACUUAGUUUUCUAUACGGAACUAUAUUCUUAUAACAAGAGGGUGACAGCAAAUUUGUGGUGAUAUUGGGACUUAUCUAAUGUACAUAUUGUAAUAUAUAUAUAUAUCGUCAAAGAGAUAAAAAAGUUCAUGUGCGUGCACGCGCUAAUAGAGUACGAUGGUAUAAAAAGGAAAGAAAAUUUUGAAUAAAAAUAUUUUUUAAAAAUAGCUUAUUAUCUCGAGACAAAAAUACAUACAACAUAUACACAUACAACGUGAUGACAACGCUUCGAAUCUUUUCGCAAUCUAUUUCGUAGCAACAAUUCCUUUUUUCCUGCGAAUUUGCUUUAUCUAUCUUCUUUUGUACAGAAAUACUAAUUUCUUAAUGUUCAUAAUUCUUAACAUCUCUUCAACAAUGACGUAUUAUUUUUAUAUCAGAUAAUUAAAACACACGUUUACAUUAUGCAAAGGGAAAAACGAAGAAUCUGAUAUUUAUGAAUCUUAUAUUGCAUUUCAUGAAACUUAUGUAUAUGACAAUACGCAAAAAGGCCUUGAUAUUACUUAAAAGCUCCGUAUAUUACGUUCGUCGAUCAUGGUAGACGUAGUUCAUUAUUGAAUAUUACAUUCCGUUGACGCAAUAACUAAGAGGACAGAAAAUAGAGUAUUUACUGCAACAAAUCUCUUUAAUAAUGUCAGAUUAAAAUUCUUUCUGGUACAGCUGCAUUUUUGUAUGUUAAACGAUUUUUAAUGUGCGAUUCAAAGAUGAUUCCUAAAUUCUUUAGUUUAGUUACAUAAAUUGAGGAUAUUUAGCUUCAAAUUUUUUUUAAAUUAUAUAAUACCUAGUAUUUUUUCGUGUAUAUUGUUUAACUUAAAGAACUCUUUCGUAUAUAAUAUUGUAUG